AUGGGCACCAGUCGAGCGUGCUCUUGCAUACCAGACUUCAUCCCAGCACAUGAGGCCUACUCGUCUCCAGUAGAAGUGUUCUUCAGGCAGCCCUUCGUUUUCACAGGGAAGGUCCUCUCCGUCCAGCCAGUCGACGGCAUGCCAGGCAAGCAGUCUGAAUAUUGUGCAGCGAAUCCAGCAGCUCACGAUGAGCGGUGGGGAAAUCCAUGCACUGGUGACUAUGCAGGCCAUUUCGACAGAUGGAACAGGUGUGGCCGGAAACAUGUUGCCGAGGUGCAGGUCACUCAUGGACUUCAGGGGAUUGCAAAAGGCGAGACUUUCCGGUACAACUGCACUCGUGCAAGUUGCGGCGAUUGCAGUCCGCCCUGCCCCGAGGUGGGUGCGGAGGUUCUCGAUGGGACACCAGCAGGUGGCGCGACGUCCUUCUGCGGCUCGCGACGCUGUGAGCUCGGCGGUUGGGAUGCAGACAGCUGCCAGCACCUCCUCAAGGCGUUGCAGCGGAAGAGGCCUGCUGAAAGCAGGAAGCUUCAGGUUUCUCUUCCCGUGGCGUUCUCCACGCUGACCGCCAAUCAAUACUUCCGUGGCCAGCUGUUGGGAUCGCUGGUCUGGGAUGUGCUGGAUGCACUCAAACUUUCGAAGUUUGACAUCAAGUCCGCAAACCUUGUGGAGGAUCCUCAUCGAUCCGUGUCAGUGACACCUUAUGCCGUCCUGCCGUCCAGUCUUUUCGAAAUCGUCUUCUACAUGGCGCAGCAGAAGGACGUGGACACGGUCGAAUCAAAUCUUCGAGAGCUGUUCUCCGUGCCCUUCAGCUGGAAGCAGGGGUGGGACGUUGUAAGGCGGUUCUGCCUCGACGGGCCAUGCCCUCAGUGCCAAACCACCUGUGUGGAGUCCUCGCAGACUUCAUUGGUGAGCAUAGGUUUGCCCAUCUUCGCCUGA